GCUGGACCGGUGCCGCGCCCCUUUUUUCAUCUUCCAUUGCAAAUCCAUAUCAAUAGGAUAAAGGUCACUCACGACUGCACUAAAGUUUUAAUCAAUUUUAUUUGAACUAAUUGAGUGGGAGCCAUGAUGAAUUUAAGCUCUCGCAUCAGGCCAAGUCUUUUAAAGGCUGUGGCACCUGCCUGCGCAAGGGCAAUGUCAGCAGACGCAAAGCUUGUUGACCUGUCGAUUAAUGAAAAAACAGGCAUUGCCACCUUGACAAUGAACCGGCCUCCUGUGAACAGCCUCAACCUGGAGUUGCUUCAAGGCCUCUCCAAGGCCCUGCAGGAACUGGAAGAUAACCGAAAGUGCAGGGGCAUGAUUUUGACAUCGAGUUCACCAACUGUUUUCUCCGCUGGUCUGGACAUAAUGGAAAUGUACAAGCCCAAGCCUGACCGCGUCAAGGCCUUUUGGUCCACCCUGCAGGAGGUGUGGCUGCAACUCUUUGGCUCGUCUUACCCAACCGUUGCAGCUAUAAAUGGACACAGUCCAGCUGGUGGUUGUCUUCUGUCGCUGAGCUGCGAGUACCGAGUAAUGGUUGGACCACAGUACACCAUCGGUCUGAAUGAGACCAAACUGGGCAUUGUGGCUCCCAAGUGGUUCAUGUCGUCCAUGCUGGCCGCAAUUCCUUAUAGACAGACUGAGCUGGCACUAACCACUGGCCGCAUGUUUUCCACCGAAGAAGCCUUGAAGAUUGGGCUGAUAGAUGAGGUUGCCACCGACAAAGCCGACGCUAUUGCCAAAGCAGAGAAAUUCCUUGGCUUGUUUGCCAAAAUCCAUCCUGUGGCAAGGAAGCUCACUAAGCUGAAUCUGCGCAAUGACGCGCUCGACUGGCUCCAGCAGAACAGGGAACUUGACUUGAACAUCUUCCUAAGCUUCGUCAACCAGCCAAUUGUGCAAAGUAGCCUUGAGAAGUACUUGGAGGCGCUCAAGAACAAGCAAGGAAAAUAAUUUUUUUUACAUUUUGUUAAUUAUUGAUGUUUAUUUACAUAUUAUUUUUGUUGCCAAAAGUUAAUGAUAUUAAAAAAAGAAGUUUCCACGUUUUCUAGUA